CAUUUUUUAAUACAAAGUUUUACCACCAGCCAAAGCCAAGCUGAUUCUUGCAUGUUAAGUAUAAAUAACUUAGGCCUUCCUCCUUUAAUAUUAUUUAUUAUUAAAGAAGUCAAAACUUCUUUAGCAUCCUUGAAAGUCGAUCAAAUGAAAAAGUGACAGUAACGAGAGGCAGACAGAUAAAUUUAUCAGUUUUAACCUGGGAAAAAAUUAUAUAACCGCACAAUUUGUAACAGUAUAAAAUUUCAGUUACAUCCUAACCUAGCCAAUUCUUACUUGUUUUUAUACACCUACAUAACUAUAACUUCGCCUUGUAUUUUCAAUUCAUCAACUAGUAUUAUUCUUUCAUAGACAUUGCAAAGAUGUAUUAUAUGUGCUUGAAAUAAAAAUGGAUUAUAUAAGAGCCCAGUUGGAAGGCAAAAUCUAAAUAUCAAUAUCAAAAACAAACAAGCGACAACAACUGCCAACAGGUGUGCGAACAAAAAAUAUCUCCCGAAGAAACAAAAUCACGAAAAUGCUCAGUUUUCAAAGUUUUUUGCAAUUUCAUCGGUUAGAAGAUUCGCUGAAGAGCACAAAAGACUAACGCUGAUCAACAUUCUCAAAACGCACAGAGCCAAAAGCAAUAAAUGACUUCUUAGAAUUUAACCUAUAUGGUGUCAUAAUGGACGACAUAAUUUUUCAGAGCUCUAAUCCGAAUUCCGUAUAUGUGCUCAAUUCUAAUUACCGAUAUUAUGGGAACUUUGCCCGCCUAAAUUUGAUCGAACCGAAUGACGUGAUCAGUAAAAACCAGUCAUAUUGUCAACACGCAGCGCUUACGAGUUCUGGCCAUCGCAGUUGUUCUGCGGCUACUCGGCCAACGCAGCAUAAACUGCGUCAUUUUGGAAAGUUUUGUGACGUUCCGGAAGCAAUCGGAAAUCCUGUAACGACAGCGCCUACCACAACAAUAAAUCCACCCGCACCGACAUGCUUGGCAUCUACGGAUGCAUUUCAAAAAUUCUUCAAUCGCAGUUAUGUAGCAAAUACCGGUGGUUGUGACAGCCUUCAUUCACUGCACACCGAUUGCUAUUGCGGAAGAGCAGCUGGUGCAUGCACAGAUACGAACUCGAUGCAAAAUAUUUGCAAAAACAAACCUAAUAACAACAAUAAGAAAAAGAAUAUUAAUUUAAAACCUUCCCUAAUCGCAAAAAAAACGAAAUUCCGAAAAUUCAUUGAGGAAGAAAAAUGGAAGACCGGCGACGAAUGCAUUUUGGAAAACGAAUACCAAAAUAACCACAAUGUUCGUGUUGAAUUUACCGGUUCCAGUACACCUACUGAAUUCCGUACCAACUCAAGUGUGAAGGAAUCAAAUACCGCUGAGUCAACUACACUAACCGCUUCAAUGGCCGCAAUGGCAACUUGUGGGCCAUUAAACAACAUCGUCAAGCAUUACUGGAAUGGAAAAAUGGAGCCAAAUGCAACGGGUAGCGAGAGAAAGAAACAUCAGCAGCAGAACCAAUCGAAUAAUUGGAGCGGAAGCGGUGAUAGCAACAAUCAACAACACCAAGCCCCACAACAACUAGAGGUGUUGAAGUCAACCCACCAACAAAAAACCAAUUACGAGCUUUACAAGGAAGCAUCCGAUCUGCUUGGAUUGCCUUGCACACUUUGUGAUAACUGCCGAUGCCUCGAAUGUCAGAGCAGCUACUUCGAUUGCGAUGAUUCGGACAGCCUCUCUGAAGUGUCUAACUCAGAUGAGUACGAUGAGGACACAACGAACGUGCUUAACAACUCGGUUGAGCUGGUAAUGUAUGCUAAUUGCUACAGUGAUAAUACGAUGACUGGCAAUGGAAUAUCGACAAUACAGCAACGACAACAGCAAAAAUGGUCUAGUUGUUCCCAGGAGCGACGACAGCCCAAUUUCACUUGCCCUGAUGUAAAUUGCAAUGCAAGAGAAUUCGGUGGUGUUGAUCAAGAUAGUUACAACUUGGUUGCCAGAGGCGGCGAUGAAGCUGCCAAUGGCAUUGAGCGAAUAGACAUCGUCAAUCAAAAUGUAUUACACUCAGUACAGAGCAAUGAGCUAGAAAAUUGUUCAAGUUUCAAUGGGCUUAGUUUAAGUGAUGUCAAUACUGAGAUGCCCCUAGACACUGGCAGCGAAAGCCGAGGAUAGAAGCACUUUUGUGGAAACGUUGCAGAGAUAUAAUCAAAUGUGGACUAUAACCCGUUAACAACCAUUUGUCGUUCAAUAGUGUUUUCAGCCCAAAUGUGUUUUAUUAUGUUUUAUUAAUGUGGUUACCAUAUCGUCAACAUACACCAGAAAAAGUAAUGCAUUAUUAUCAAUUACAUGUAUGUAAAUAGUGUAGUUGGUAUCAGCUAGUUACUAAAGCGUUUAAAUUUAAUUUUUUUUUUCUAGUAUUGGUAUUAGAAGCCAACACUGACUUAUCGGUUAUAUAAUUUGAUAACAGCUAUACCAUAUAUGUAUGUAUGUAUUAGCAGAAAUAUUGGAUUAACAAUUUGUUGAAUGUAGACUGAUCAAUUUAAAUUGCUUGUAAAAUUUAGAAGAAGGCACGUAAAAUUCUUUCACAGAUAUUUCCUACAAAUUUUAAAAACUGUAUAAAAAUAAAGAAUUUCAUGAAGCACACUUUUUUCUUACCACCAAAUUAUUUUCAAUGAUCGUAAAUUUAUCGUGUUUCGUUCAAUACAUUUCUGAAAAUUUCGUAUUGCGAAAAUUCUAUAUAAGGUGCUCGUCGCGUAAGCCCGAAUUCAAGUUGUGAGUGAAAUCAAUAAAAAUCCAUCAUAUCGUGGUCUAUUUUGAAGCUACUUGCUGGAUCGCUCUCGGUGGCAUCUCAUUUUAAUUUUUUAAACUAGCCGAUUUUUUCUGCGUGUCUAUUAUACUUUGUGAUGUACGUCUAGAUGUUUCAGUUUCAAAUGACAUACGUACAUAUGUAUGGGAACUCACCUCCUACUAAUUGCGCUAUGUCUACAAAGUUGUUAGAAAGUCCACGGUCUAGUUUAGCUAUAAAAAGUUAACGCCAAGUUCAUAUUAUUAUUUUUACCUUAAGAAUUAAAUUAUUCAAAUCAAAAGAUCUAUUGCUCAUCAAAUUUAAAUAUAUAGUACGUAUUAGUAACAAUGUAUAUGCUUAAUAUAUAUGUAUGUAGCUAAAAUAAGUGAAACAAUUUACUCAUAUAAUCAAAAUAAAUUUACUUACAUAUAUUGUCUUUUAUUACAUAAGUACUAUGUACAAAAAUGAAACAUAUUUACUAAACUCAUUUGUGCCAAAUAAAUUGAAAAAAUAUAUAUCGACAUUUCGCCUUAAAAAUUAGAAUUGAAAAUAUUAAAAUUAUGCGAGAGAUGUAUGAAUACUUAUGAAGAAAUAUUUACCUAUGCCAAAUGCACAUUCGACAUUGUGCGCAUUCGUAACGAAGCAUGCAAACAAUGUAUGAGUAUUAUAUACAUACAUACAUAUGUAUAUAUAUGAACUAAGUUUUCAUGUUAAAAUAACCUUUUAAGUUAAUCAAUCUAUACUAUAUAUAAAUAUAUAUAUAAUAAAUAAACCAGUUUGUGCUAAUUUACUUUAUAUUAUAGUGUAAGCAUCCACGGAAAAGUAGUUUCGCUAAGGUUGCCAUAUGCUCAAUAAAUUAUCGAAUAUGUAUUGUGUACAAAGUAAUAGUACUUCGAUAAAAAGUGUUAUUGGACUCAUUUGGUGCGCUGAAUACGAAAAUUAACUUCCAUUAUGCUUCUAUACAAGUUUUGUAAAAAAUAUACUUUUAGAGCCUCCUUCCGAAACACACCCAAAAAAA